AUGGCCAACUACAAGAACUUCCAUUUACUUCCAACUACAACUACUUCCUGUAGUUGGCCAUGCUCGGAGUCGGAGAAGAGAUGUGGAUUGGAGACAUUUCUUUCCCAAAGUCUUACCUGCCGUCAAAUUUCCGCCCUGGAGGAGGCAUUCCCAAAGUCCAAAGACUUCACCACGCCGGAUGUCGUUCGUUAUUCCUCGCCUGCCGACGAGGUAGAGGGCUUCCACCCCCCUGCCAAAUUCGGAUCCUGGGGACAACUGCUCGGUUCGAACGCCAAGCGGCAGCAGUAUUCCUCCCUCCAGGCUACUACCAACGGACCUCCCCUUUCUUCAGCCGCCACAUCGACUCUUCCUCGGGUUGCCAGGCAACGGCGUCAGCAGCAGCAACAGUUAUACCGAGGUGCUAGGCAUCCCGCUGGCCUCAGCUCGGAAGAUUCUUCUGAGGGUUCCGCAUCGUCCACGUCCGACGAACAGGGCGACGAAGACGAUGACGAGGACAACGACUUGGGCAACCACUCGGAUGCCACCACUUGCACGGGUUCUGAGAUGGCCGCCUCCAGAGGGGACCAGCAGAAAGACAGAAAAAUCUUCGAAUCUGACAGCUGUACUCCCACCCAUGUGACGAGCACUACAACGACGGCUACCCCUUCCGUGAAGUCAAUCCCCCUGCCGGCUGGGAGGUCUCUCGGCCACCAACAAGACAACACCAGCAUGGACCCCAGAGAAUACAGAUCCUCCUGUUUAGCGAGGACGCCGUCAGGAUCUCUAUUCAUCCCUAGUG